AUGGAGAAGAAGGUGAAAUUUACUAGUGCCUUUUAUGAUGAUAUUCAUGAAGACAUACUUCUACAGAUACUAUACAAAUUACCGGCUAUAUCUUUGAUCAGAUUUAGUUGUGUAUCUAAGUUAUGGUUUUACUUAAUUAACAAUCACCAACAACAAUUCAACAAAUAUGACAUGGUUGAAUCUCAAAAGAAGCCGUUACUCAUGUUUAAUGGUUUAACUUGUGAGCACAAAUCUGAAGUUUGCUAUGGUGAAAAUUGUUAUUUCUCACUUGAAAUUUGUAACCCUAGUAGGCUUGAGAAGUUGAUCAUUCUCUCUCGUUUUAACAUAGGGGAAGAUGAUUUAAUGGUUGAAGAAACUCUAUUUGGAUACGACAUCUUGAGGGAUGAAUAUAGGGUGAUGUGUAUCAUUCAAAAUAAGGAUGAGUGUGAAUAUUACAUUCUUACACUAGGUAGUACUAAACCAUCUCCAUGGAGACGGAUUAAUAACCCAUGGCCAAAACGGCACCCACUAAGUUAUUUUCCAUUUACUAGAAGAAGAGUACCACCAAUCUCUUGUAAUGGAACUCUCUUUUACCAUAUGGUAAAAGAUGAAGCAGAAGAAGAAAAAUACAAACGUCUCACUUUGGUAUCAUUCAAUCUAAAUGAUGAGCAGUUUCAAAUGAUUAAACUUCCGGGAGAUGAGGAAUUUGUUUCGAGUUACAAUAACGGUGACUUUUCUUUGUUGGAGUACAAAGGAUGUUUUUGUUAUUCAAGUAUGGAGAAAUUUGAUACUUAUUGCGGUAAGAUCGUGCUACAUAUAUUGAAAGGUGACACAAUUAAACACGCCUGGGUUAAGGAAACUAUCAAGUUCAAUCUCCCAAGAGAGUUAGAUAGUCCUGCUCCUACUUCUAGUACUAGUAUUUUGAUUAUUUCAAUCCAGGUAAUUCUACAUUGGAGGUUUAACAGCAAAGGAAAUUGUCAUGUUACUAUCCAGCUCUACAAUGUGCAUUCGAAAGAAUUAAUGGAAGUAAAAGUUCCUGAAAAGGAUUUCAACCUUUGUUUUGACUAUUAUAUUUUCAUUACGUAG